AAGUGUGGGUGGGUGUGGACACACAGCCGAGUGUUCGCAGCGGACUUCCUUUUUUUGCUCAUUUCAUCUCACGUCCCCCAUUUACAAUGGACACAUCAAGGGUCUGCCUCAAUUUCAAGGCAUCCAAGACUCCAGGGGCUCAGCGUGCAUCACCGCCAUCUCUUCCCCCAGAUGCCUGUCGGUGGCCACGCUCCCAUAGGUUGGCUCUGAAACUCACUUGUGCUGGGCUCAUCCUUCUUGUCUUGACCGUGAUUGGGCUCAGUGUUUUAGUGCGAGUCUUGAUACAAAAACCAUCAAUAGAAAAAUGCAGAGUGUAUAUUCAAGAGAACAUGGCUAAACCAACAGAGAGUCCAGCUAUGUUAAAGUGUCCAAAAGACUGGCUUACACACCGAGAUAAAUGCAUACAUUUUUCUCAAAAUGUCAACAUUUGGAAGGAAGGUCUAGUUGACUGUGCUACAAAAGGAGGCACUUUGCUGCUCAUUCAAGACGAAGAAGAGCUGAGAUUCAUAAAGGACUCAGCAAAAGAAAAAGGCGAUUCACUUUGGAUUGGACUAAAUUACACAUUGCCAGACGAGAACUGGAGGUGGAUAAACGGCUCUACUUUGAGUUCUGAUGUAUUACAAAUCUUUGGUGAAGCUAAAGAAAACAGCUGUGCCUCCGUCUCAAAAGACAAAGUGGUUUCUGAGAGCUGUGUUUCAGACAACAACUGGAUCUGCCAAAAGGAACCAAAACCAUGUCUCUGAAACCAUGUGUGAUGACCCCUGACUGUGAAUCCCAUCUCCAUUACUUUACCAUCCACACCAGAUCUCUGCACCCAAUAUGUCUAGGCUGCUGACAUCCCACCCAUCCCCCAGCACACAGUUAGUAGCGCAAAGCAUGGAAUCUAAAAACACUGUGACUCUAACAAAUGCCUUGUCCAGUUUCUUCAUUCUGUAAAGGGCACAGAGAGACGUGCCAUUUAAGAGAAGAGACCUGGGCUGGAGAAAUGGCUCAGUGUUAAGAGUACUGUGCUGCUCUUCCAGAGGACCAGGGUUCAAUUCCCAGC